UAUACUUUCAGUAUCAAACAGGAAGUAAUCCAAGAAUUAAAACUUUAUUGACAACCCAACACGUCGUUCCGAGAUGGUCAAGUUUGACAGCGGGAGUUUUGUUCAUUUUGAACGUUUACAUUUGAACGCGUAAACGUCGUUUGGUGACGACAGUUCGUCAUGAUUUCCUCUUCAAGCGAGCCAAUUGCUGCUCGGCGAGCCAUUUGUUGCUAGCCGCGUAAUACAGCGUGUGAGCAAGCGGCCGGAGGAGAAAAACAAAACAUGCUUCUGCGGACUUGGUGGGAUAAACUGGGAGCUGCCAGGAACUUUGUUACCUCAGCGUUUCCUUUUCACCCGACUCAAGCACCCAAGUUUGAGUUUAAAUUCAGGACUCGGCCAUGCUCCUCUGUUCUCCAGACGACGAGGUCCUUCAACGCACCUCUGCUCAAGCCAGAACCUCCGAGCCACUUUUUGUCGCCUGCGUCUAUAGGAUUCCAAAGGCCGGGCUGCAUUUUUUCAAUGCAUUUUCAACACCGUAGCAAUCAGAAGCGUUUGUACGCAUCAAAUCUGGUCAAGUCUGUUUUAAAACCCACCUUGAAACCAGUGAUAGCACCUGGGAAAAGAGUUCCAAAGGGGCCCAGAACCAAACAACCUUCCAGAGCUAAUCAGCCGUUCCUGAAUCAGGACAUGGACAUGAUGCAAUGUAUAGCCUUCGCAACAGCAGACCAGUACAAUCUGCCGACUCUCAGUGUUGACCUGACGCAACACGGCUUCCACGAAGUGGAGUUCCCUCGAGAUGCCUCCAAUGUGCUGGUGAUCCGUUCGGACGCGAGCGCCAAAACCGAUGACGGCUCUUUCAUCUUCUUCUUCAGGGAAGGCUCUGUGGUUUUCUGGAACGUGGAGGAGAAAAUGCUGAAGAAGGUGCUGAGGCUAUUGGAGCGUCACGAGAGUCAGCCGUACGAGGUGGCGCUGGUCCACUGGGAAAACGAAGAGAUCAACUACAUGUAUGGCGAGGGAAACACAAAACUGGAGCACGGCAACUUUAUUUUGAGCAAGCACUCGGAGGAGCACGACGCCGUUCUGGAGAAGUUUGCCUUUUCCAACGCUUUGUGUUUGUCAGUGAAGUUGGCCAUAUGGGAAGUGUCGCUGGAUAACUUUGUGGAGUCAAUUCAGUCAAUCCCCGAGACGCUCAAGUCGGGCACAAGAGUCAAGUUGUCGUCAGCGGAGGUGAUGCAGAAGAUCGGCGAGCUCUUCACGUUGAGACAUUGCAUCAACCUGAGCUCCGACCUGCUGCUCACGCCCGACUUUUACUGGGACCGAGAGAACCUGGAGAAGAUCUACGACAAGACCUGCCAGUUCCUCAGCAUCAACCGCAGGGUCAAGGUCGUGAACGAGAAGCUGGAGCACUGCACUCAGCUGACGGACCUGAUGAGGAGCCACCUGAGCGAGAAGCACAGCCUGCGGCUGGAGUGGAUGAUCGUCAUCCUCAUCACCAUUGAAGUGUUGUUUGAAGUGGUGAGAAUGAUCUUCUGAGUGGCGGGGAGAGUCUUCAGACAUACGCACGUGCUGCGUUCGGGUACGCUCCGCCGACAGCUGCACUCGUGAGCUAUUCUGGCUUCACAACGGCUGGCUCGGGUGUGAAAAAGACACCGCGUGGGCGUAUCGCGCCAAUCUACACAAUUCACGGAACUCGUGUAAAACAAUGACUGUCGGGCCUUGCUUUCUCCCAGAAAAAAAAAAAACAACAACACAUUUACAGAUGACUGGACUUAUUUCCUUUCAUUCUUUGGUUGCAUAACCACCAUUUGUGGCAUCGGCACAACAAGAAAAGUGUGGAGAGAGUGCAGGGUUGUUCCUAUUCGGAAUCAUGAUAAACACAUUCAGGUGUGUGCAAACCCCCCCC